AUGAAAAAAAGGUUAGCCUUGUUUGAUGAUUCGGAUGAUAAUUCUGAAACGGACUCGGAACAGCUGAAACUCAAAUUGAAAAAGAAACAAUUCAAAAUUCCAGAAGAUCUCCAACUGCCAUCCCUUGCAGAAAAUGACCAAAAUGAAGACUACAUGAAGUAUGAAUUGCGUGAUGACAUAGACAUAGAAUCAACUGAAAAUGCCAGCAAUAAAAAAGAACGUUCACUUUUUCUGGAUCCCAGCUCAUCAAUUGGUCUUUCAAUAAUGGAACGAAUGGGGUUUAAAAUCGGCAAUACAUUAGGUAAUUCAGCCACUGCAAUUAAAGAACCAAUUGAAGUAUCUAUUAGAAGUGGUAGAGAAGGUCUAGGGGGUGAAUUUAGAUCACCUCUGUACAAACAAAAGGACGUUGAAAACUUGAAAUUGAACCUAGCAAAUUUGAAUAAACAAAGAAGAGAAUUGAAAGAUUUGAAAGGAAUUAUGAGACUCUGUUUUGAUUUGAGUGGUGAACAUGAUGAUUUUUUAGAUGGAAAAGAUCUUAGUAAAAUAAAUAACUUUUGGCGACCAUAUGUAAAAAUUUAUCUUGCAAAAGAGCAGAGUCAAACUGUUGGUUCACUGAAAGCAAAAUUUAAUGCUGCAGAGGCACUACAACUAUUUGAACAAGAAGUUGAGAAUAUCGAGCAGACAUUAUCUGAUCUACUAAAUUAUCUACGUGUAACUCAUAACUAUUGCUGGUAUUGUGGGGUAAAAUAUAUUGACCAAAAUGACUUGCUUGUUAACUGUCCAGGUAAAAAUCGUGAUAUACAUUUGACUAUCUAG